AUGGCCCUCAUUGACAGAAUCCCCGGGGACUUGGAUCUCUACAUUGGUGGCAUGUUCACGCUUCGACGACGUGAAGCACUACAGCAGGCAAACAUCACACAUGUCCUCUCGGUGCUGCGAACGCCACUAGAUCAGGAUCUCUUCGAGCCAUUCAAGCACCAUGUCGUGGAAGUCGACGACGUUGAAGACGAAAACCUGUUGGAACAUUUCCCUGCCACCAACCAGUUUAUCCAAGAGGGACUCGAUGGUGGUGGCGGAGUAUUGGUGCACUGCGCAAUGGGCAAAUCGCGAUCCGCCACCGUUGUCAUCGCUUAUUUGAUGCAAAAGCACCAUAUUACUUCCUCUGAAGCAUUGUCCCAUGUUCGGCAAGCCCGAUCCAUUGUCGAGCCGAACGAAGGAUUCUGGAAGCAACUCGAGUUGUACGGCGAAAUGCAGAUGCCCGAGAAUGUGGAAGAGACUCCAGCCUAUCAACGCUGGGUCUAUCAACGUGAGCUCGAGCUGAGCCGUGCAUGUGCGCAGGCCCCUGAGGCAGACAAGAUCCGGUUUGAAGACGAGCACGUCACAGAGCAGACGUCAGGUUUUGAGAUGAGGUGUCGCAAAUGCAGACGGCCACUUGCGACAUCCCAAUAUCUCACUUCGCACAGCCAGGACAAAUCAAAGACCAAGUGUGCACAUUACUUUGUAGAUCCUCUGUCUUGGAUGCGCUCUGAGCUCGAACAGGGUAAGCUGGAAGGCCGGAUUGAGUGUCCGAACUGCCAUUCCAACGUGGGCAAGUAUGCCUGGCAGGGCAUGCAAUGUAGCUGUGGAGACUGGAUGGUACCAGGGAUCAGCCUCUCCAAAGGGCGAAUCGACGAGGCCAGGAAGGGAGGAGUCAGUGGGAUCCGCCGCCCACCAGGCGCACCAGGCGCGCCUCUACCAAACGAGAACGCGGCACGACAGAACCUAUGA